CUAGAACAAAAUGUGGCUGCCAAAACAACUAGGUCAACUGAAUGUAAUUCACCAUUCACUUGACUAUAAAAGCCCAUGUAUGGAGAACCAAAACCAUCAGUUGCUUAUCAAAUCAACACAGUACAACAUGAAGCUCUUCAUCAUCGCCGCUGUUUUGGCCGUCGCUGCCGCUGUUCCAUCCAGCUACAAGCCGGAAUACAAAGCUCCCAGCUACCCAGCCCCAAGCUACCCGGCACCAAAGUACCCUACUCCAAGCUACCCCGCACCAGCCUACUCUGCACCAGCCUACAAGGAUAACAAAUAUGCCGACAUCACCGUCACAAGCCAAUCUGACGAACGCAACCUCGAUGGCAGCAGCCAAUGGAGCUACGCCCAGUCUGACUACACCACCCGUGAAGAGUCCCAGGCACAGAAGAAAAUGCAAGGAGUCGCCUACGAUUCUUACGGAAAGGCCACCUACGAGGACGUUAUGGGCAACACCAACAAGGGAUCCUCUUACUGGGUUUCUCCUGAAGGCGAGAAAUUCACUUUGACCUGGAACGCUGAUGAUGCUGGAUUCCAGCCCAAGGGUGACCACUUGCCCGUCGCUCCCGUCCAUGAAUACGAGCUCCCCGUUGCUCCAGUCCAUGAAUACGAACUCCCCGUUGCCCCCGUCCAUAUUCCGUUCAACGGAAAGGGAUACAAGAUCUACUAGAUUUCCGACACAUAAUUGAAUAUUGAAGAAAUGUCCCAUAACUUAUAUCUUGAUACCGUAUGCGUGGUGUAAAUAUAAAAGCAAUCAACCUA